AUGAAGCAUCCUGUUAAAGUAUCGACUUUCAAUGCAAGAACUUUGAAAUCUAUGUUUCAAAUGUCAGAACUUGCUGCAUCAGUUAUCAACUUUGAUAUCAACAUCCUGUGUGUACAGGAACACUGUCUCUUCCAUGAAGAUCACGAUUUAGAGCAUCAUGAACUCGAUAAAAACUGGACUUUUGUGUCUGUAUCUCCAUGGAUAAACUUUAUUAAUAGCACCAUCGGCGGAGUAGGAUUAUUACUCAGCCCGCAUGCCCUAAACAGCGUUGAGAAAAUAACAUCUAGAAUAAUGGUUGCCAAUUUCAACGGUAACCCUUCUACUACUGUCACCUGGUGCUACAGCUCAAUAAAUGUCAACGAUGAAGAAGGGGUCAUAAAUGUUUACAAUGAUCGUCUCUUGUACGAUCUUUACCAAAACACAACAUCCUCAUUAUUGGCGGACAUAUGA